CUUUCUUCAGGGAGAAUAUGGGAGACAAAAAGAUACUCAGCAUUGGGUUGGUGUGUCUGGAUAUCAUAAAUGUUGUGGAUAAAUACCCGGAAGAAGAUACUGAUACCAGGUGUUUGUCUCAGAGAUGGCAGAGUGGAGGAAAUGCAUCAAACACGUGCACAGUUUUGUCUCUGCUUGGGGAUUCAGAUAUGCUAAUUUGUAGUGCAUAUGGGUCACUGCAAUACCUCUCUGUUUGCUGCACUAGUUUCAUCGUGGGGGAUUUUGCACGGCGUGGGGUGGACAUAUCUGGUGUGGCUUGGCAGCAGUGGGGUGAGACCCCGUGUGCCUGUUGUGUGGUGUGUCCCACCAAUGGCCCUCGCACUGUCGUGCUCUCGGACACAAACUUGCCAGAUGUUUCUGUAGAAGAUUUUUCAAAGGUGGACCUGAGCCAGUACAAGUGGAUCCACUGGGAGGGCCGUAAUGCUGACGAACAAGUGAAGAUGAUUGAGAGGGCGAGAGAGUACAACAGCAAACAGGAAGAGAAGAACAGAAUCACCAUCUCUGUGGAAAUCGAGAAAACCAGGGAACCCCUCUACCAGCUUUUUCCUCUUGGUGAUUUGGUCUUUGUUAGUAAGGAUGUGGCCCAGCACUUUGGGUUUACCUCAGCUGCUGCUGCAUUGAAGGGUUUCUAUGGUCGUCUGAGAAAGGGAGCUACCCUCAUUUGUGCCUGGGCGGAAAAGGGAGCGGAUGCCAUGGGUCCCGAUGGUGUAAUCAUCCAUUCAGAUGCAUUCCCGCCUGAGAAGCUUGUAGACACACUAGGAGCAGGAGAUACCUUCAAUGCUUCUGUAAUCUAUUCCCUUUCAAACGGGAGCAGCCUACAGGAUGCGCUCACAUUUGGCUGCCAGAUUGCAGGCAAAAAAUGCGGUGUCCAUGGAUAUGAUGGAAUUUUACACUGAACAUGGUGGAAAGGUGCACAGCAGGAAUGUAGUACAGACAUGAAGCAUGCUGAUAAACUUAACUAGUGCUGUAAGCUACUAGUCAUUGUCAAGGCAUGAUGAGGUACUGAAUAAUGUUUCUUCACAUAGAAAAGACUCAUGUACAUGCAAAGGACGAGUCUAAAUAAUGAUGGUAUAUUCUACUGAUGUUCUUCUGUAUUAGAAUGAAUAAAUUAAUU